AUGAAAAAUGCUUCAACUGAACUUCGUAAUCGUAUUUUAAAUUCAAUGACAACAUACGGUUUAGUUACUUGUGACAAGUAUUUAUCAUCAAUGAAAUUAAAUUCAUUUGUUAAAGUUCCACCAAAUGUUGUUCGGCAAAAUGAUACUUCAGUUAAAUUAUUUAAUAUGUUUGGUCCAGCAUUAACACUUAAUAAUUAUGAAAAAUUAUUUGAAAAUUUCAGUUUAGUAACAGCAGCAAAUGCUUCAAUUGUUCCUGUAACAUCUACAGGCAUAAAAUUAUUACGUGAAAAUAAUGCGUAUGUUAAUUAUUAUCAUUGUUUGGAUAAAGACGAAGGUAUCUUGAAUAUGAUCCAAGAACGACUUAAUCUGAAAGAAAUAUGCCGUAUUUCUGAUAAUAAAAAUGGUCCAUAUCGAUAUGAACUUGUUAAUAUCAAUAAAAAUAUCAUUCAUAUUUUACCAGAUCAUGUACAUGAUAAUGAUAGUGAACGUAUUGGUAAUGAUGCACAAUUAACAUCUGUUACAUCUACAAUUAAUCUUCUCGAACAUGCAAUUUCUUCAAUUGAUAAAAUAACUCAAGAAAAACAACAAUCAAAUGUAUUAUUGCCAAUCAAUCGUAUAGCGGAUGGGAAUCCGAAAGAAAUUGUUUCAAUUAUUGUUGAAGAUAAAGAUGAUAAUAAUUUGUUAUUAUCAGAAAUACCUAAUCAGUCAACUGUUCAUCAUCAAGUUCAACGUCAACUAAGUACUGAAUCAUCGAUUAGUAUUAGUAGUCAAGCAUCUUCAUCAAAUAUAUCAUCAGUUGAUUGUCAUAUUUCACCACAACACUCAACUUUAUCUUCGUCUUCACUGUCAUCAAUUUUAUUUAAAGAAGUAUUAAACAUUAAUAAAUCAUUGAAUAUGAAUAGUACUCCAAUUGAUGAUCUUUCAACAAUCAUGGAAGAAGAGAAUUCAUCACCAUCAUCAAAUAAUAUUGCUAAUAAUUCAAGUAUUCAUAUUGAAUGUUUAUCACCAAUAACAUCAACAACAGAAACACCACAAUUUACAACACAACCAUUUGAACCAACAAAAGUAUCUACUGAUGUUACUCUAUCAAAUAAUCGUCGUCCGGAUAUUGUUGAACAAACUGAUUCAUUACAAGGUGUAACAGAUAUUGAAGUAAAUAAGUCAUGUCCAUCACAUUCAACUAUGAUUGUCGAAACAAUAUCGAGCAAUUGCCAAGAUCCAGUUGAUUUAACUACACCAUUAUUAUCGACUGAAGUACAAUCAAAUAAUGACAUAAGUGAAUAUAAUUCAUUAAAUACAUCACCAGUGUGUUUGUCCUUUGAUAAUUGUGAUACUUCCAUUGAAUCAUUGACAAAUUUAUCUUCAGUUUCUGCUGUAAAAAAGAAACGAGGACGAAAACCAACUUUAGCUACACAUCGAACUUCUUCGCCAAUUGAUGAUAUUCAAAAUGUUUUGACUAAUUGUAAACAUCCAAUUUAUAAACGUCUAAUCCUACUUGAUGGUAUGGUUUUUAGUAAAAGUGAUUUAACACAUGCUGUUCAACAACUUUCAUAUCUACGUGACAUUUUUAUUCAAAAAUUAAUUACAGAAAAGAUUUUCAGGAACGAGGAUGUUUUUGCUAAAAGAACUGCAUCUGGUGAUAUUGAAUAUCUUGUUGGUUAUAUUAAACAUAUUCCAGUACAUGACAAUGAUAUAUCAUCCAAUAUUGAUGAAUGUAUUCGUUUUGCAAAUGUAUUAGCUGGAUAUGAUAUUACUAUGGAAGAAUACGUCAAUUCAUUUCAUGGUAAACAAUCUUUUUUACAAAACGAUGAUGAUCAACCUGUCAAAUACAUUCUUAAUCGUUCACAUAUCAAAUUCUCAUCAUAUCUUUUUUCUUCUAAAUUUGUUAACUUUAUCAAUAAUGAUAACUACUUUCGUGAACGAUAUACAAUUGAUGAUAGUGCCGUAUGUUUAGAUAAAUCAUUCUUAGCACCAACAACUUCAAAUACACGUAUUGAUGAAUUUCAACAAAUGCAAUAUGAUCAAUUGAAAAAAUGUCAAGCAAACAAACGAGCAUACACUCAAAUCAAAGAUAAUGCUGGACCAGCACCUAAAAAUUCUCGGCGUCGAACAUAA